GUCGAAGAGCACGAACACGUAGCUGCCCGCGCCGUGCGCGAACGCCAUGGAGAUGAUGCAGCAGGCUUCCAACAACCAAUACAAUUGCGAGCAAGACCAGGUGGCUUCUCUGCAAAAGUCGCUGUGGGCUUGCGUGGCACAUCUGCCAACCACCCGCUUCCCCUACCCGAAGUGCCCGCAGUACGACUGCACCAAGGCGGAAGUCAACAGCUUCCAGAACGCCCUGGCCUGCAAGGCGGCCGACGACCCCGCCGCCGUGGCAGCCUGCCUCAGCAUCCAGCACUGCGCCAAGAUCCUCGACGCGGAAACCAUCUCCGGGGUGCAAACUUGCGUCCAAAGUGCAGUCGCCAAGGGCCUUUGAGGUCUUUUGGAACCCCACGUCCUCACAGUAAAAACUCUUUGAAGAAUCGCAUUGUAAUACGAAGAAAAUGAAGGCAAUUUAAAAUCUGCGAAGGUAUGCUUCGUAUUAUGAAGCAAAAUCCUUCAUAAUACGAAACAUGUCUUCGUAAUACGAAGCAA